GCUCUGCCUCCACCCGCCCUUCCUUCCUGCCCUCACUUGACCUUCCUCUUUCUUUUCGUUUAUCUUCCUGUGCCUGGGUUUUUCCCCCCUUCUUUCUCUUUCUCCAUCUUGGAGUUCCUCCUCUUGCAGCAAGUAAGAGUCAAAUUUCAUAAGCUUCUUAGAUGCAGAGAAACUCAAAAAGUACCCGCUAGUGCUGCCUUCGGGGAUGCCUGCGUCUGUUUAGACAUUGCGCCUGUGUCUGCUGAGCAGCUGCUCGGUAUCGGCCACCACUGCUGGAAAUACAGUAGUGAGCAGCCCUCUCUACAAGGCAUUAAUAUUUCUCCCACGAAUAUUGAAUGAAGUAAAACUGUAAUGAUAAAAAUAACACUACACAUUAAAGGCCUGUGUGUCAGGCACUGUGCUGUGUGUCCUUAGGGCACUGAUACGGGAGUGACUCUAAUCCACCCAGCCAACGUACAUGCAGGCAGGAUCUUCUGCAGCAGCCCCACUUUACAGGUAUUCCAAAACCAAGCAUCUACUGAUGGACCUGGACGAGCUGAUGAAGGCGGUCCUGGAGAGGAUCCUGGCCCCAGAGGCCAGCUAUGCCAACACCACCAGUGCUCUGAACUUCACCCUCUGGAACAAUACGCCCCUGGUGCUUAUUUAUGAGCAGGACUCCAGCCACCCAGUGGUCCUUGAUCUCUUUGAGAAUAUCCCCAGUGCCUCAGUAGGCAGCAACGCAGCACAAGGAAGGACCUGCAGUGCCCCGGGGUGCAAAUUGGCCAUGAAACUGUGCAGCCUCAACGGGACCGUGUGUACCUUCCGGAACUUCACCAGUGCCACCCAGGCCGUGACUGAGUGGUAUGCCCUGCAGGCUACCAACAUCUUCUCACAGGUGUCACGCCAGGAACUGGUGGAGAUGGGCUACUCAGCUGAGCAUAUGAUCCUCGCCUGCCUGUUUGGGACAGAGCCCUGCAGCUACCGGAAUUUCACAUCCAUCUUCUAUCCUAAUUAUGGCAACUGUUACAUCUUUAACUGGGGCAUGACAGAGAAGGCGCUCCCCUCUGCCAAUCCUGGGGCGGAAUUCGGUCUAAAGCUGAUCCUGGACAUAGACCAGGAGGACUAUGUCCCCUUCCUCACUUCCACAGCGGGGGCCCGGCUGAUGCUUCACGAGCAGAGGACAUACCCCUUCAUCAAAGAGGAAGGCAUCGAUGCCAUGUCGGGGACAGAGACUUCCAUCGGGGUGCUGGUGGACAAGCUGCAGCGCAUGGGUGAACCCUACAGCCCCUGCACCAUGAACGGCUCUGACGUUGCCAUCAGAAACCUUUACAGCAGUUACAACACCACCUACUCUAGCCAGGCCUGUCUUCACUCCUGCUUCCAAGACCAUAUGAUCCAUAACUGCAGCUGUGGUCACUUUCUGUACCCACUUCCCCCGGGGGCGAGAUACUGCAACAACCAGGACUUUCCAGACUGGGCCUACUGUUACUUCAACCUGUGGAUGAGUGUGACCCAGAGAGAGACGUGUAUCAACAUGUGCAAGGAGUCCUGCAAUGACACCCAGUACACGAUGACCAUCUCCAUGGCCGACUGGCCUUCUGAGGCCUCUGAGGACUGGAUUUUCCACGUCCUGUCUCAGGAGCGAGACCACAGCACCAACAUCACCUUGAGCAGGAAGGGAGUUGUCAAGCUCAAUAUCUACUUCCAAGAAUUCAACUACCGCACCAUUGAGGAAUCAGCAGCCAAUAAUAUCGUCUGGCUCCUCUCAAAUCUGGGUGGCCAGUUUGGCUUCUGGAUGGGGGGCUCAGUGCUGUGCCUCAUUGAAUUUGGGGAGAUCAUCAUUGACUUCAUGUGGAUCACCAUCAUCAAGCUGGUGGCCUUCUUCAAGGGCCUACGGCAGAAGCAAGCCCAGGCUGCCUACACUGGCCCACCACCCACUGUGGCUGAGCUGGUGGAGGCCCACACCAACUUUGGCUUCCAGCCAGAUACCACCAACCCCAGCCCCCACGUGGAGGCCUACCCUGAUGAGCAGACCCUGCCUAUCCCAGGCACCCCACCCCCCAACUAUGACUCCCUGCGGCUGCAGCCACUGGACACAAUUGAGUCAGAGAGUGAAGGAGAUGCCAUCUAGAGCUCAUCCUUGCCCACCCCAGGCAGCUCAAGAACUUGAAGCUAAGAAGUUGAGACCACGGCUAAGCACCUCAUUCUAUGGUGCCCUCUCCAAAGAGCCGGGGCCAUAUGUGCCCAAGGUCAAAGCCUGUUUCUCUACUGAGAGCCCGUCAGUCACUGGCCAUUCCCAGGCCAAUGUCUCUGCAGAUCACAGUUCUCAUCUGGUUCCUGCACACCAACUGCCCUGCCAUCCAGACCACAGAAACCCAUGGUGGCUGGCCACUUCCCUGCUAUUUCCAGGACUGUUAGCGCCAGGGAUGAACUGGCAGGCACAUUGUCCUGUCCGUUCCACUUGGCUUAGCUGGCCUCUAGCAACCGGGUUUGUGAGGACAACCACAGGAAAAGCAUCAGGUGAAGGGCUUGCUGGGGGACAUACAUUUUGUUUUGGAAAAUAAAAGUAGAAAACACUGAA